ACCGGGAAAUAACAUUAGGGUUUAGGGUUCGGUCUAGUUUCCAUAUUUCUAUAUUUAAAACCUUUGUUGAUUAGGGUUUCCUCACUUCUCAUCUCACAAAAGCGCCAAAGCCCGCAGGAGAGAGCUCUGCUGCCUGAGAUCAUCCACGAUACUAUAAAUGGAUAGCGAGCACAGACGAAUUGUCGUCAGUUUCCUGGAAACUCUUCCGCAAGUUGAAUUUUGCUGUGUGUAUGGUUCAUCCCUCCAUACAAACAAUUUGGAUAAGUCGUCCAUGAUAGAUCUCAUUCUUGGUGUGGCUGAUCCCCAGCAGUGGCAUGCUGAGAAUCUGAAGAGGAACAGGGAUCAUUAUGCUCCAUGGAUUGCCCAUUUUGGCGGAGCGCAACUGAUCACUGAUGUUGCAGAUGAAAUUGGUGUUGGUGUACAUUUCAAUCCCUUUGUUCCACACAAGGAUAAGGUGUUCAAAUAUGGUGUUAUUCGAAUGCAUGAUCUUGUUGAGGAUGUUCUGUCUUGGCAGCAUUUCUAUGCCAGUGGGCGCUUACAGAAACCUGUUGAUCUCAUAGUGGAUACAUUGAAUGUAAGAGAACUAAAUGAGUUAAACCUGACGGCUUCAGUUGCUGCUACUCUCCUCCUUUGGCCAUCACUUGUUACUGAGGUACAGCUGUACUCCAAUAUAUGCAGGCUUUCAUACAUGGGUGAUGUGCGGAUGCUUUUUGCGGAGGAUAGGGACAAGGUGGCAAAGAUUGUCAACAGUCAACUUCCAUUAUUUCAAACAUUGUAUAGACCUCGUCUAAAAGCACUUCAGUCGAAGGAAGUUAUUAGGAUGUUCUAUGAUACUGAUCAAACGUUACAUAUACAAGAGGGGAACGGCAAAGGGGCCCUUCUAGAUCAACUUCCUCGGCGAAUAAUAAGCCUCACGGAGGCUAAACUUGGAAGUAAUAUUCGCCCAGGCACAUGCCCGGAUGGAGCUGCAUAUUACUUGCAGACGGUUCUGAAACGCAAGGUGAUGAUAUCAAGUGCAAGGCAGGCUGUUGCCGGCCUUCUGUCAGCCGGCAUUAAUCGCGGACUUAGAUACGCCGGUCGGAAAAUGCUAAAAGCAUGGAAAUCAUACAGGUGGUAGGUAACCUUUCACCACCUCGCUCACCAUCUUCAUAUUCUUUUUAACUUGCCCCAAAAUAGUAAAUAAGAUACUUUGUAAUAUAGAUGGCAUGAUUUUAUUUUAUUUUUUGUUACAAACAUAUUAGAAUGAGACUAGGGGAUUAUAUGAGGUUCAAAUUCAAUUCUAGCUCCAAUUGAAUUGGGCUGGUCUGGGCCUGGCCAGUCUUGGGCCCAAUAAGAGUACUUACUCAGGUUGAGAUAUUGUUAAAA